ACGGUGCGAUCUCGCAUUUCGGGGUAGGACCCCCAAGUCAGUGACAGGACCAGCCCCCAUUCUCCUCCAGCCUUGGAAGGUCCCGCCGUCUCUCUCUCUGGGCGGCUGUCACCGGAACCCAGGGGUACCGGUCUGUCUUUUGUAGCCCGAGGGCGCGAUCGUGAGCAGCCCUAAGGAGCUUGUAGUCUUUAAGCCGGAAACGCUGCCCCCUGCCUUGGCCGGCAGACAGACGCCUGAAGACUCACGAAAAAGGUGGACCUGACCAGGAGGGAAGGAGCCUGGCGCGUUGCAGAGGUCAUUCCACAAAUGGGCCCUCAAGAAAUGCUUUCAGGAAAGAGGCACGUGGUUUCUUUGACCUGGCACUUACUGAACACCUUUUGAAUACCAGGCCUCUGCAAAGUUCAGGGACUGGACUACAGACCUUCCUUCAGGGAUCUCACAGCCUUUUUUGGAAUACUGACGGAAACAGAAGAUUACAGCCACGUGAUAAAGGAGGAGGCUCCUACUGGCCCUUGGAACAAAUUGAGAUUCUAAGACUAGCCGCUCCUACACAUUAACUUGGGCCUGUUAGAGGAGCUUCUGUGGGGGGCCCAGGGACACUGGGCUGGUUGUUCCAAGGCCUUUGAAACAACUGAACAAAACCAGAGCAUUCAAAUCCGUUCUCAGGGUCUCAGCUUGCCAUGCUAGUUAUCCACUGCACCAUCACCACUACCACCUACCCACCUCCCCGCUAUCAGGUCGAGCCCCUCGGGGCCGCUUGGCCAAUCAGAUCCCCAGUGAGAUCCUGAACAACCCCCAGCUGCAGGCAGCCAUUCAAGUCCUGCCUUCCAACUAUAACUUUGAAAUCCCCAAGACCAUAUGGAGGAUCCAACAGGCCCAAGCCAAGAAGGUGGCCUUGCAAAUGCCUGAAGGCCUCCUCCUCUUUGCCUGCACCAUUGUGGAUAUCUUGGAAAGGUUCACAGAGGCUGAAGUGAUGGUGAUGGGUGAUGUGACCUAUGGGGCUUGCUGUGUGGAUGACUUUACUGCAAGGGCCCUGGGAGCUGACUUCCUGGUGCACUAUGGCCACAGCUGCCUGGUUCCCAUGGACACCUCGGUCCAAGACUUCCGGGUGCUGUAUGUCUUUGUGGACAUCCGGAUAGACACAACCCACCUACUGGACUCUAUCCGCCUCACCUUUCCCCCAGCCAGUGCCCUUGCCCUGGUCAGCACCAUUCAGUUUGUGUCAACCUUGCAGGCAGCUGCCCAGGAGCUGAAAGCUGAGUAUCGUGUGAGUGUCCCACAGUGCAAACCCCUGUCCCCUGGGGAGAUUCUGGGCUGCACAUCUCCCUACCUAUCCAAAGAGGUGGACGCUGUUGUAUAUCUUGGAGAUGGCCGCUUCCAUCUGGAAUCUGUCAUGAUUGCCAACCCCAAUGUCCCUGCUUACCGAUAUGAUCCAUACAGCAAAGUCCUGUCCAGAGAGCAUUAUGACCACCAGCGCAUGCAGGUCAACCGCCAAGAAGCCAUAACCACUGCCCGCUCAGCUAAAUCCUGGGGCCUUAUCCUGGGCACUUUGGGCCGUCAGGGCAGCCCCAAGAUUCUGGAGCACCUGGAAUCUCGGCUCCAAGCCUUGAGACUUCCCUUUGUGAGGCUGCUGCUCUCUGAGGUCUUCCCCAGCAAGCUCAGCCUACUUCCUCAGGUGGAUGUGUGGGUGCAAGUGGCAUGUCCACGCCUUUCCAUUGACUGGGGCACAGCCUUCCCCAAGCCGCUGCUGACACCCUAUGAGGCAGCAGUGGCCCUGAGGGACAUUUCCUGGCAACAGCCCUACCCCAUGGACUUUUACGCCGGAAGCUCCUUGGGGCCAUGGACAGUGAACCACGGACGGGACCGGCCCGCCCUAGGCGGGCCUGCGGGGAAGGUGCAGGAGGGGUCUUCGCGUCCCUCUCCAGCCGCGACUUGCGAGGGUUGCAGCUGCAGAAACGAGAAGGCGGCGCCCCUCGUUUCAUGAGACGCUCCUGGGUUUCAGGGCUCUUCACUCCAGAGGAGCAGCUUCGAGGCUGGUGGUUUUCAGAACAGGAGGCAGACGUUUUCUCCGCACUGAAAGAGUCCACAGUGUGCAGGGGUCUGGAGGAAGCCCUGGGAACGGUGGCACGGGCACUGAACG